UCUUAGCAUAAAAUAACGCACUAAUCCUCAAUUUGAGAGAGUUUCUACCAGAAUUUCUUUCUCCAUAUACGACAAAUGAAACAUUUGAAUUACUAUAAAAUAUCGGAAUUAACCGGUUUCGCUAUGGAGAAUCCAUUGACAAGAAUACAUGGUUGUGAAGAAUGGAUGGGUGUGGCUGAAAACUUAUCGGACAUUUUGAAUAAGAAGACGCUAAAUAACAUAAUUGAGAGGUUACCUCAAUUCGAUAUUCGAACUCUUUCCUCAUACAAAGAAUUACGUUUAGCUAGAGUUGUCCUUACAACAUUAGCUCAAGGAUUAAUUUGGGAGGAUUUACAAAUAAAUGGAUAUGCCGAACAUAUUCCAAAAAAUCUAGCCAUUCCUCUAUAUGAUAUCUCAUAUCAUCUUGGCAUGAAACCUAUUCAAACCUAUUCUGAUACUUGUUUAUUUAAUUACAGAAUUAACGAACAACAUAGCCCAUUGCAUAUGUCAAAUUGUGAACUCAUCUUUAAAAUGGAAAACUCCGAUGAUUAUAAAUGGUUUUUUUUAAUUAGCUUACAGGCUGAAUUUGAUUUCGCUAAGUAUGGAUUGAAGCCCUUAAUUCAAAUCAAAAAGGCCAUAAAUGAAAGUAUGGGUUCAAAGGAAACUUUUACUACCAACAUUGAAUCUUUAAGCAAAGCUUUGAGAGUCAUGUCUUUCACAAUUAAUGAUAUGAUGAAACACGUAGAUCCGGAUGUAUUCUACGAAAAAGUCAGACCAUUUAUGAUGGGUUGGGGAACAAUUGGUGAUUCAAAGCCUAAUGAAAAGAAGAUCGGAAUAAUUUUGGAUGGCAUAUCCGAAUUUCCUUAUAAUCUAUAUGGACCAAGUGCUGUUGAAUCCAGUAUCAUACCAUCCUAUGAUCAAAUUUUAGGCAUCAAACACGAUAACGAAAGAAGUAAAUACUUGAUGGCCAUACGAGAAUAUAUGCCACUGGAACACCGGAUGUUUUUGGAAGAUUUAUCUGAAGAAUCCAAUCUUAGAACAUUUAUCGAUGAAAAUGGUUAUGAUGAAAAAGAUCCCAUUGUAUUAGCUUAUAACGAAGCAGUCAGAGCUCUAGGAGAAUUCAGAAGUAUUCAUCUAAAAUUAGCAUCUCGUUAUAUCAUGAUUCCUGGCACCAAAAGAAAAAUUAAAAAUAUUGGGACUGCAGGAAGUGAUAUUGGACCUUUCCUCAAAAGUUUAAUUCAAGAUACUAAACUUUCUAAAAUUGGUGAAAGCACAUAAUACGGAAGA